AUGAUUUUACAGGAUCUCUUUACUGCCGCCGCACAUCCACUCCCUCCCAUCGACGACCCCAAAUUCGCCACGCAUUUCGACCGCUUUGGCGACUAUCCGAUCGUUCUCCUCGGCGAUGGCACCCACGGCACCUCCGAGUUCUAUACCGCCCGCGCAGAGAUCACCAAACGCCUGAUCGAGUGCCACGGUGUCACCGUCGUCGCCAUCGAGGCCGACUGGCCCGAUGCAGAAGCUAUCGAUCGCUACGUACGACGACGACCAGGACCCAAUGCGAUGGGCGGACAGACAUUCGAGCCUUUCAGUCGGUUCCCAACGUGGAUGUGGCGCAAUCGCGAGAUGCAGGAGCUCGUCGACUGGAUGCGAGAUCACAACGCACGCGUCCCGGACGAGAAGAAGGUCGGGUUCUACGGACUGGAUAUGUAUAGUAUGGGCGCUUCGAUGCACGCGGUGAUCCGAUACCUGGACCGCGUCGACCCGCAGGCCGCCCAGGAUGCACGCCAACGGUACAGCUGUCUGAGCCCCUGGGUGGACGAUCCGACGGCCUACGGGCUGGCAACCCUGCACGGCAUGCGCGACUGCGAGGCGGGCGUCGUUGCGAUGCUGCGCGACCUCCUGAGCCACCGUCUACAAUACAUUGCGCAAGAUGUCCACGACGGCGAGGAGUAUCACAGUACUGAGCAGAACGCCCACCUGGUGCGCGACGCUGAGCUCUACUACAAGGUCAUGUACUACGGGUCUGCGAUCUCAUGGACGCUGCGCGACUCCCACAUGGUUGAUACGCUGCGUCGGCUGCUGCGCUCCAAGCCUUCCAGCACCAAGGCGGUCGUCUGGGCGCAUAACUCGCACUGUGGCGACGCGCGCUUUACCAGCAUGGGCCGUCAUCGCCAGGAAGCCAACCUCGGGCAGCUGUGUCGCGAACAGUUCGGCCGCGAUAACGUCGCGCUGGUCGGCUGCGGUACACACACAGGGACCGUGGCGGCGGCGCACAACUGGGACAGCGACAUGAAGGUGAUGUCAGUGCAACCCUCGCGCGCCGACAGCUGGGAGCGUCUGGCGCACGAUACGGGUCUGCCCAGCUUCCUGCUGGACCUGCGGCCGGGCCAGCUGGACGCGAAGCUGGCGGCGGCAAUGGCCGACCAGGCACCACAGCGACUGCAGCGGUUCAUCGGGGUCAUCUAUCGGCCCCAAACGGAGAAACGGUCGCACUAUUCACAGGCAAAUCUCCAGGAUCAAUUCGAUGCGUACAUAUGGUUUGAUCAGACGGAGGCAGUGCAUUCGCUGCAGAAGAUUCAACCCAGGACGCCGAGGGGAUUGGAGGAAACGUAUCCAUUUGGAGAAUGA